UCAAACGUUAAAGUAUUGACAAAACUUGACGUCGAGUGAAACGUGGUAGUCUUUCAGUUUUCAUCAUGGACGUCCGCAAACAAUCGUACGAGGAUGGCGAUGAAUCAUCUGGUAGAUCAGUACCUUUCGAUGAAGAUUCAGAUAUCGGAUUUCUAACUCCGGAUGAGAAAGAACGGCAGAGAAGGAAAACCAUGAAGAUCGUCAAGAAGAAGAAGAUCAAAGAGAUGAAAGACCAAGGUCUUCUUCCAACAAUCGAUGACAAACGAUCGCUCAAUGUAUCCAUCGAUGACAGAUCCAGAGAAAGCAUAUUGAGUCAAAAAUUGACCUUUCUCAAACGUCAUAAGACCCCAGUCAAGAAAAGGAUAUCGUCCAAACUGCAGAAUAUCUUGGAGCCGAAGAGCAAGGAGAAAUCUAAAGAUAAAUAUUUCUCGCGCGCACCUGGUGUAACCACCGAGAAUCUCAGAGACCUCCAUGCCGAACCUUCUCCCUUUCUCUACCCCAAAGACUUGGAGGAGUUCGCUCAAAAGGUCCUCAAUAAAGCCUGGAGGAACAAUCUAAGAACCACUGAGCUGACCAAAAAGUUCUACGAGAGGAACAACUACCGAACAAGACAGCAAGGAGACCUGCUGAAAAGGUUAUACACAGAAGAUCCUGAUGUCAGCAAUUUGAAGUACAUCGUAGACAUCGAUCCUGACUUUUUCAAGAUCGCUGAUGGUAGACCCAUACCCGACAAGUUGAACAUGAGAGAUUACAUAGAUACUGUAAGAGAUGUCCUUCGCACCAAGAUCAUCAACGGUUAUCGUGAAGAUGACAUCCUUCUCAUCGAGGAAUCGCUCAGGUUGGAACAGAAGAUGAUAGAUGAGAUCAAAGAGAAUUAUCAAACUUACGUGAAUACCUUUGAGGAAUUCCUAUACAACGACCACACCUACUCGAUGAAGCUUCUACGUCAGUCUGAACAAGAAGCUGCCCUGGCUUAUGAGAAGUACGAAGAAUACAAGGAGUUGAGCAAGGAAUACGGCGCCUUAAGAUCUAUACUGUACAACUCUGAAGAGAAAUGGAGGAACUGCAAGAUGUACCAGAAGUUCUUGUACCUGGUGAGUCCCUUGUCCUGGAGGAAACAGCACGAUUUCUACCACUUUGCCAGUCCGGAUGAACCCAUAGAGGCACCAGAGGGAUCAGCUGCCAUCUUCGGGAAAUAUCGUCUAGGAGACAAGGAGGCUGAGGUUUCUUUGGAAGACCUUAUUGGGCAGUUCUUGGACGACUGCGCCACCCAAAGGGAACCAGAGCUCUACUUCGAAGAUCCCGAGCAGCUUUUGGACGUCUUCAGGUUCAUGGAACUGCAGAAUUUGAACUCUCUGUUGCAUUCAGAAGAGCUAGCUGCUCCGUUGGAGGCGGUGAAGGCGGGUAUGCAGAAGGCAGAGAGGAUGUUCGAUAUGGAGAUUUUGAGUUUGAAGGAGUCUAUCGAUAAGUUGGCUGGAGGUAUUGCGUGGGAAGAAGAAAGAGCAAAAUAUCUGGAAGAACUGGCAAUGGAACUUGUCAACGGUGAAUUCAGGAAACUUGUAGUGGAUGACGAUAUACUGAACCUUCACGUGUUUGUUGAAGACGUCUACGAAGCCCGUAUUGGGCCAAAUGAUGCCAACUUGUCUGUCACAGAUAUGAUGAGGGGUAUUGAAAUAAAGUACCGUAAUGAACUGUUACAAUUGGACAAGAUGCCCUCGGAGCAAGUCACCAAGUUGGAGGCCAGUUGUUAUGCUGAAGAAGCAAGGAUACUGAGAAUUGCCGAGAAAGCGUCCAGAAAAAUCGUGGAACUAGAACGUCUAACUUACAGAUUACUCAAAGCGUUCACACCGCCUGAGCCCAAGAUUUCAAGAGAGCUCAAGUGGAGAUCUCCACCUCCGAAGCCUCCAAAACCUCCUCCAAAGAUAAUUCGUGAGUUGACGGACUUCGAACAAGAUUACCUGCAAUUCUUCACAGAAUUUUGCGCUGAUAAAGAUGAUCCCAUCAAGUAUGGCAUCGAUAUAAACCAACCACCUACCAUGAAGGAGGAACCAACGCAUGAAGAAGAUGAGGAUGACGAAGAAGAGACAGAAGUAGGUGAUGACAACACAGAGGAAGAUAAUUAAUCACCUAAUCGACAUUACUUAUAUCUACCUAUAUUUCGGAUUUAUUUAUACACUCUUUUUCUACAGAUGUGAUUGUGUGUAUAGAAAUAGAAAAUUUAUAUCUACGUAUAUUUGAAAUUUGUUUGUUAUACUUAUUUAUGGAUGUAUACAGUUUUAACUAGUUAUUCUAUAAAAAAAAUGACUUUCA